AUGUCAUUGCCUUCGGAAUCUCAGGCCUCAACUCAUGAAGCGCGAUCCACGACCGUCCACCGCUCAUUAUCAGAGAGCCACCAUGACUACACACAUGCGGCGAGACGAGGAAGCAGUGGGGGUGAGGAUCAUACAACAUGGACACAGUUCUUGCGAGAAGAUCAGGAUCUUUUGAUGGAUAGCAGUAGUCCUGAUAGAGACGACAACUCGUCGACUUCGCCGAACAGAAAACGAAGACUGAGAAGCGGUAGUAGUAGAAGCGGCGGCGGUAGCGGCGGUGGAGGCAGCAGCACUGGUAUAGAAAUACCAGGAGCUAGAGCUACCCAACCCGUUUCUAUCAGGCAGCACUCUCGACCCGGUGCGUCUGAAACUGGAACUCGACCAUCGGGAAGUCCCAGCUUUGUUCGACCCGACGAAGAGACGACCGAGACUCAGUCUGCUGCCUCUCCCCCCUCCUCAUCGAUGUCCCGCCAGCUAAACUCCCUACGGCACCGUGAAAGAAGCUUUACUGACUAUCGGCUCCCACGAUGGCAGCCGGACUCUGAAGUCACCGAAUGCCCAAUAUGCGGCAUUACAUUUACGUUCUGGUUUCGAAAACACCACUGUAGGAAGUGCGGCAGGGUCGUUUGCGCGGCUUGCUCGCCUCAUAGAAUUACAAUACCACAGCAGUUUAUCGUCCGUCCUCCCGAAGCCCAGACGCAACUGACACUAUCGAGCCUUAUCCAGCGCAAUACAACGGACCGUGAAGGUGUUGACCUUAUUGACGACGAAGAAGUACAGCCGCAGCUUUCACCAUCACAAUCCCGAAGCCACCAUCGCGCAACUUCGAUCCAUCAAAUUCCCAGAAAUGCUCUAGGUGGAGGGACCGAGGUUCGUCUAUGCAAUCCCUGCGUGCCUGAUCCCAACCCUGAGCCUCCUCGCCGAUAUAGAGCGAGCAGCAGUACCUCUCAUCAUGAACAUAGAACGAGAAAUACCAGUCUGGGAUGGGAUGACCACCACCAUCACUCACGGGGAGAUCCACACUCCCUACCGUCAGAAUAUCAAAGCCCAGGUAUCUGGAGCAUAAGUGCUGAAAGGCCCCGUCGCCAUAUACCUUCUGUACCUUCUCGGAUGGAGGGAAGAAGGCAACGGAACCAGGAAUUUGAAUCUAGUGUUCACGGCUACAGGCGAGAUCCUCAAAGAGGUCUUCGCGCAAAUCCAACAGACGCCAAUCUCCCCUCCUAUGGAGGUUUUGGUUAUGAAGUCUCAUCCAGUCUACGGGGGUUGGCUCCCCGGUAUCUACCAGGUAGAGAGACAGAAUCUCAAUCCCAGGGUUCUCCGCCUCUUUAUUCCCAUGAUGGAUUCACAGAGUUACAACGAAACCAGCAUCAUCCAUCAUAUACAAGGACUAUACUCCGCACAGCAGAUAUGAAUCGCCCUCUGCCAGCACCACCAUCCGGUUCACGACCUCGCCGUACUAUCACUGAGCGGGAUAUUUGUCCCGUGUGCAAUCAUAUAUUUCCCCCACAAUCUCCAGGCAAUGAUGAAGAUGCACGCGAAGCACAUAUCCGUGUAUGCAUUGAAAGACACGCCGCCAGACGCCCCGGGGCUUCCAAUCAAUCCACACCAUCAGAACGCCUGAGGAUGCUUACUUUUGUUGCAACGGAGAAAGACUGUCUAGGCACAGACGGCGUGCAGUCUGAAUGCUCCAUUUGCAUGGAGGAGUAUGAAGUUGGUGCCGAACUGGCACGGCUCGAGUGUUUAUGCAAAUUCCAUAAGGCUUGUAUUCUUGGGUGGUUUGACCGUAAAGAAGAGUGUCCCGUCCAUAAAGUGACAUAA